AUGGAGCCCGAUGGUAUCAUUGAGAGCAAUUGGAAUGAGGUGGUGGACAGUUUUGACGAUAUGAACCUGUCAGAGUCUCUCCUGAGAGGGAUUUACGCCUAUGGUUUUGAGAAACCGUCUGCAAUCCAGCAGCGUGCUAUUCUACCUUGUAUCAAGGGUUACGAUGUCAUCGCUCAGGCUCAGUCUGGAACUGGGAAAACAGCAACAUUUGCCAUUUCCAUCCUCCAGCAAAUUGAGCUGGAUAUGAAGGCCACACAAGCCCUGGUCCUGGCCCCAACCCGAGAGUUGGCCCAGCAGAUCCAGAAGGUAGUGAUGGCACUGGGAGACUACAUGGGCGCCUCCUGCCACGCCUGUAUUGGUGGCACCAACGUGCGGGCAGAGGUACAGAAGCUGCAAUCGGAAGCUCCGCACAUAGUGGUCGGCACUCCAGGAAGAGUAUUUGACAUGUUGAACAGGCGAUACCUGUCUCCCAAAUACAUAAAGAUGUUUGUUCUGGACGAGGCUGAUGAAAUGUUAAGCAGAGGUUUCAAGGACCAGAUCUACGAUAUUUUCCAGAAGCUGAGCAGUAACGCUCAGGUGGUGCUGCUCUCGGCCACCAUGCCUUCCGAUGUGUUGGAGGUGACGAAAAAGUUCAUGAGGGACCCGGUCCGUAUCCUGGUGAAGAAAGAGGAGCUGACUCUGGAGGGUAUCCGGCAGUUCUACAUCAACGUGGAGCGUGAGGAGUGGAAGCUGGACACGCUCUGCGAUCUCUACGAGACGCUCACCAUCACACAGGCCGUCAUCUUUAUAAACACCCGCAGGAAGGUGGACUGGCUGACGGAGAAGAUGCACGCACGAGACUUCACUGUGUCUGCACUGCACGGCGACAUGGACCAAAAGGAGAGAGACGUCAUUAUGAGAGAGUUCCGAUCUGGCUCCAGUCGUGUCCUUAUUACUACAGAUUUAUUGGCUCGAGGAAUUGAUGUCCAGCAGGUCUCCUUGGUCAUCAACUACGACUUGCCAACCAACAGAGAGAACUAUAUUCACAGGAUCGGCAGAGGCGGCCGUUUCGGUAGGAAAGGAGUCGCCAUCAACAUGGUGACCGAGGAAGACAAACGCACCCUGAAGGACAUUGAGACUUUUUACAACACAACUGUUGAAGAGAUGCCAAUGAACGUGGCAGAUCUCAUCUGA